AUGGUGUCCGCCGACCGCCAGCUCAUCAUGGAGACCAACCGGUCGCUCCGAAAUAUCAAGACCGAACUGGAGAAUCUCUUAGAAAAAGGCAUCAUCGACGAGUCCGUCUUCGACCAAAUUCACGCCGCUCUGCCGCAGGAAUCACCGCUCUCAGGACCCCUCCGCACAGCAAACAACAACGCAACAUCGCCGGCUCCCGUUCGAGAUAGCCCUGCCCCCGUAGCAAGCAACACCUCUUCUCCGCCUCCUCCCACACAGCAGAUGCAGAAUCUGGGCAUCAACAACGCCAAUCCACCUGCAACCACGUCACCCUCCCCUGGUCCGCCAUCAUACGACCAGACUCCCGCGCCAAAUGUGCCCAAUCGCGCCGGUAAACCUGUACUUGCGCAUGCACGAGCCCUAUACCGCUACGUCGCUUCUGAUAAUCGCGAUGUAUCCUUCGAAAAGGAUGACAAGAUUAUUGUACAUGAGUACAUGAAUCAGGACUGGUGGAUGGGCCAGAACACCCGGACCGGACAAGAAGGCAUCUUCCCUCGAAACUAUGUCCUCGUCGAGCACGAGGAGCAAAAGUCUGCGCCGUAUGCACCUUAUGCACAACCUCAGUAUGGAUAUCCUCCCGCGGGGCAGGGCCCACCACAGCAGCAGAACCCGUAUAAUUCGAGCGUGCCGCCUAUGGCUGUGGCGGAGGGUGGCCAACCUGCGAAUGGAGAACAGGGUGAUAACAAGGUCGGUCAGUAUGGCAAGAAGUUUGGCAAGAAGCUGGGUAAUGCUGCCAUCUUUGGUGCGGGCGCCACUAUUGGUGGAAAUAUUGUAAACAGCAUUUUUUAA